CAUGGAAAUGUUGGGGGGAAAUUGAAGAAAGUUGCAGCGACAGGGAAGGAGUAAGAGGAAUUGAUCUGUCAGAGCGCAGAAGAAGUCGUGCUUUGGCCGCCGGAUUUUACCAAAACGUUCACAUUGCGGGAGGGAAGGGGAAAGCUUCCCUUUUAAACCCGCCGGUUUUUGCUGUUUCUGCGCUCAACUUCAUACAAACAUUCAUUUUCCAAACUACCCACAACCCCCCCCCCCCCCCUCUUCUUUCUCUCUUCAGAGGGAGAGUAUAAUACUGUCUGGGGUUUGUUUUAGAAAGGGGCUUCGCCAGAUCACGCGCCAUUAUAGGGCGGGCAGACGUGUGGAGAAGCUUUCAGCAGAAAACAGUCAAGUUUAAGCAGAUUGUUACUGUGCUUGGGAUUGUGUUUCUUUCCCGGAUUUGAUAACUUUUGAGCAGGUGAACGGCCACUACUUCUCCGAUCCUACUCGAAUCACUCUCACUCUUCUUCUUUUUUUGCCCUUUCCCCCCCUUCCAGAUCCGAUUCUGUAUGCUCUCUCAGCUUUGUAAUCAGGUGAACUUGCAAAUAUAAUGUUGGGAUAGUACAUGAGGAACCUGUUGUUUAGAUUCUCCUCAAUGACACAUGCUGCUGGACUAGUGUAGUUUCUGUAUGCUAAAUAUGGGCUUACUCUGCAGUAGACACCAACGCUAUAAAGAAGCAGAUGCUGAAGAGAAUGCUCAGGCUGCAGAAAUUGAAAGACGGAUUGUACAAGAAACACAAGCGGAGAGGCAUAUUCAAAAACUUUUACUACUCGGUGCUGGAGAGUCGGGGAAGUCUACCAUCUUUAAGCAGAUAAAACUUUUGUUUCAAACUGGCUUUGACGACGCGGAGCUAAAGAGUUACAUCUCAGUCAUCCAUGCCAAUGUGUAUCAGACAAUAAAAGUAUUAUAUGAUGGGUCAAAGGAAUUUACUCAAAAUGAAACUGAUUCCUCGAAGUAUGUCGUAUCUGUUGAAUAUAAGGAAAUUGGAGAGAAGCUAUCAGAAAUUGGAGGUAGGUUGGAUUAUCCACACUUAACAAAGGAGCUUGCACAGGAAAUAGAAGCCUUAUGGAAAGAUCCUGCCAUUCAGGAAACUUACACUCGUGGCAAUGAACUCCAAGUUCCAGAUUGUGCCCAUUAUUUCAUGGAAAAUUUGCAAAGAUUCUCUGAUGUAAAUUAUGUUCCAACAAAGGAGGAUGUUCUCUAUGCUAGAGUUCGUACAACUGGGGUUGUAGAAAUCCAGUUUAGCCCAGUUGGAGAGAACAAAAAAAGUGGUGAAGUCUAUCGACUCUUUGAUGUUGGAGGUCAGAGAAAUGAGAGAAGGAAGUGGAUACAUUUAUUUGAAGGUGUUACAGCUGUAAUAUUCUGCGCUGCUAUUAGUGAGUAUGAUCAGACACUUUUUGAGGAUGGAAGCAAGAACCGAAUGAUGGAGGCCAAAGAACUCUUUGAUUGGGUCCUUAAGCAACCAUGUUUUGAGAAAACAUCAUUCAUGCUGUUUCUAAACAAAUAUGAUAUAUUUGAGAAGAAGGUUCUAAAAGUGCCAUUGAAUGUAUGUGAGUGGUUCAAAGAUUACCAGCCAGUUUCAACAGGGAAACAAGAGAUUGAGCAUGCAUACGAGUUUGUGAAGAAGAAGUUUGAGGAAUUGUACUUCCAGAGUACUGCCCCUGAUCGAGUAGACCGGGUUUUCAAGAUCUACAGGACCACUGCCCUCGAUCAGAAACUUGUGAAGAAGACUUUUAAGUUGGUGGACGAGACUCUGAGAAGGAGAAACCUCUUCGAGGCGGGCUUAUUGUGAAGGAGUGGCGGUUUUCCAGAGAAAAAAAAUGUCAAUAUCAUUGAAGAGCUGCUUAGGUUUGCUUCUUCUUCUUUCUUUUUUUUUCUUUGACAAAAAGGGCUGGUUGAAACAUUGCCUUGCAUAUCACAGGUUUUAAAGAAGAUGCAAUUGACAACUAUCGUAUUGCUUUGCAUUUCACAGGUUUUAAAGUUGUUUCUAUUGGUUUACAUUAGAUGGAACUGAAAUCUUCCAUCACCUCCGAUUUUCUUCUAAAAUGGUGGUGGGUGGUUUAUUUGGGAGAAAAGUGUAUUCUUUUUAAAUGCACAUGCAUGUUUGUAAUUAAUUAUUCAAUCCUCUUUGUUACACUCC